AUGAGGAUGAAGGUUUCUUCAGGUUUAGUCGCAUUGUCUCUAUCGAUCGCGUCGGCUGUGGCCGUCGUCCCAGAAUGGGGUCAAUGCGGUGGCAUAGGAUGGACGGGCGAAACGGCAUGCGCUUCUGGUCUCGUUUGCAGUGUUCAGAACGAUUGGUACUCCCAGUGCUUGAAGGGUUCAGCUCCACCAGCUCCCACAACCUCCGUCCCUACAACCUCCAUUCCAACCGUUCCGACAUCUGACCCACCUUCACCUACUGUGACGCCGCCCCCUUCUUCAACUGGAUUCGUUACAGUCUCGGGCACGAAAUUCAUGCUUAAUGGGGCGAAGUUCACCGUCGUUGGUGGCAACGCUUAUUGGAUUGGUUUGACCGGUCUAAGCACUGCAAACAUGAAUGCGGCUUUCGCCGACAUUGUGAAGGCUGGAGGGACUGCCGUAAGGACUUGGGGCUUCAAUGAAGUGACCAAUCCCAAUGGCAACUACUAUCAGUCAUGGUCUGGUAGUACGCCAACUAUCAACACAGGCGCGUCUGGGCUGCAGAACUUUGAUAACGUAGUGGCUGCGGCUAAGGCUAAUGGGCUUCGUCUUAUUGUUGCGUUGACGAACAACUGGUCAGAUUAUGGCGGCAUGGACGUUUAUGUCAAGCAAAUUCUGGGCUCUUCUAACCAUGAUCUCUUCUAUACGAAUGCUCAAGUGAUUACUGCAUUCAAAAAUUACAUCAAAGCAUUCGUAGGCCGAUAUGCCAACGAGCCUACAAUCAUGGCUUGGGAACUUGCCAACGAACCGAGAUGUAAAGGAAGCACCGGCACAUGGUCUGGAACAUGCACUACUACCACCGUUACCAACUGGGCGAAAGAUAUCUCUGCUUACAUCAAGUCCAUUGACAAGAACCACUUGGUAGCGAUAGGCGACGAGGGGUUCUACAAUCAGCCGGGUGCUCCAACAUACCCUUAUCAAGGCUCAGAAGGUGUGGACUUUGAUGCAAACCUUGCCAUUAGCACGGUCGACUUCGGAACGUUCCACUCAUAUCCAAUUCCUUGGGGGCAAUCAGGGAAUCCUCAGGCAUGGGGCGCACAAUGGAUUACUGAUCACGCUGCCUCGAUGACCAAGGCGAACAAGCCGGUCAUUUUGGAGGAGUUCGGUGUCGAUAAUAACCAGGCCACGGUAUAUGCGAACUGGUGGGGUACUGUAAUAAGCUCAGGGCUUACAGGAGAUUUGAUAUGGCAAUCUGGCUCGAGGUUAUCGAGCGGCGCCACGCCUGAUGAUGGCUACGCCAUAUACCCUGACGAUCCCGUCUAUCCGCUUCUUACCUCGCACGCUCGAGAUCUCAAGGCCAGGGGGUAA